AGCUUCCUAGCAUGGAUUGAAUCUUUUUGCUUUAAUGGGCGCUCUUGAAUCUUUCUCCCACUCCAGGCAAGGAAACCAAAACACAAAUACUCCCAUCUCUGUCGAAACAUAUCUGGAAUACUAGGUUCCCACUUCUUUUUUCUCGAUUUUGGUUCCUUGAAAUUAUAGAAUCUCAAAAUGUGGAUUAAACUUAAAGCUCUUUCUUCAAUUCUCUCCCAUCUGCUUAUCGGCAUUGCUCUCGUUGACGCUAACCUACGAUGCUAUGACAGUGGUAAUUUCACCCUUAAUAGUACAUAUGGCAAAAACAGAGACCUUAUUCUCGCUUCUCUCCUACCUAAUGUCUCUGCAAAUGGUGGUUUCUUUACUGCCAGUAUCAGCCAAGACUCCAACAAAAUUUACGCUCUUGGUAUGUGCAGAGGAGACUCUACUCCAAACGGUUGUUAUACAUGUCUCAAUGCCUCAAUCCAGGAUCUCAUAGCUAGCUGUCCCAACCGAAAAGAAGCCCUUUCAUGGGGAGGUGAUCCUCCUUGUCUUGCACGCUAUGCAAAUCGCCCCUUUUUCGGAAUCCUGGAGCUACAACCCACUGAUGCAGGCUAUAAUACGGCGGACAUCACUUCCAACUUAACUCAAUUUGAUACUAUUUGGGAGAGUUUGAUGGACAGAGUGGUGAGCAAGGCUUCCAGCGGGUCUUCUACUAAGUAUGCAACCGGGGAAGCAGAUUUUACAGCAUUCCAAACGAUACAUGCACUUAUGCAGUGCACUCCAGAUUUAUCACACAAGGAUUGUGAUUCCUGCCUAAGGCAAUCCGUGAGUUACUAUGAAAGCUGUUGCCGUGGAAAGCAGGGAGGUUAUGUUCAGAAGCCUAACUGUUGGUUCAGAUGGGAUUUGUAUCCUUUCUAUACACGCAAUGCUUCUACUACUGCAUCCUUAUCUCCUCCACCCUCUCCUGCUAGUCCUCCGCCACUGUCAGUGAACUCUACAAGAAAAAAAGGGGACGGAGGCAGCCAUUCAUCCCAUACCAUUGCCAUUAUAAUUGUUCCAAUAGUCAUCUUGGUGGCAGUACUUAUCACACUUGCAGUUGUUGUUCUCCUUAAAAGGAUAAAAAAAACAAAGAGGGAUGAUCAAAAUAACAAGACCCAUGGGGAAGCAUUGCAGUUUGACUUUAAUGCUGUAAGAGUUGCAACAGACAACUUCUCAGACGCCAACUUGCUUGGACGAGGGGGAUUUGGUUCUGUUUAUAAGGGUCAGCUUGAAGACGGACGAAAAGUAGCUGUAAAGAGGCUGUCUGAAAGUUCGGGACAAGGAGAACAAGAAUUCAAGAAUGAAGUGAUGUUAUUGGCAAAGCUUCAACACAGGAAUUUGGUUAGGCUUCUUGGUUUAAGCUUUGAACAAAAGGAAAGGAUUCUCAUCUACGAGUUUCUGCCUAACUCAAGCCUUGAUAACUUUAUAUUCGAUCCAGUAAAGUGUUCACUACUAAAUUGGGAGAAGAGGUACAAAAUUAUAGAGGGAAUAGCUAAGGGACUUCUUUAUCUUCAUGAAGAUUCUCAAUACCGAAUCAUCCAUCGCGACUUAAAACCAGCCAACAUAUUGUUAGAUGAAGAGAUGAAUCCCAAAAUCUCAGAUUUUGGAAUGGCGAAAUUGUUUACGGUUGAUCAAACUCGAGCUGACACAAGCAAAGUCGUUGGGACCUAUGGAUACAUGGCUCCUGAGUAUGCAUGGCAUGGACAAUAUUCAGUUAAAUCCGAUGUUUACAGCUUUGGAGUAUUGGUUUUGGAAAUCAUUAGUGGUAAAAAAAUCAGUAGCUUCUCCAACCAAGAAGUGGGCGACUCUCUUCUAACCCAUGCAUGGAGAAACUGGAGAGAAGGAACUCCUUUGGAAGUAGUAGAUCCAAUCCUGAGGGAUGGCUCCAGAAGUGAAAUAAUGAGAUGUAUCCAUCUUGGGUUGCUUUGUGUUCAAGACAAUAUUGAUUCUAGACCAACCAUGGCCUCUGUCGUUCUCAUGCUUAGUAGCUAUUCCACAUCACUGCCAGUGCCAUCAAGACCUGCAUUUUCCAUGCAUUCCACCAUGGAGACAGAAACGAAGUCUCAGUCAUCAUCACUCUCCAAUCAAUCUAAACGAGAAAACAUUCAAGUGUCAGUCAACGAGGCUUCAAUUUCUGAACUAGAUCCUCGGUGAAGUUCGAAGAUGGUACCUAGUACUUGCAUUGCUUAGUUUCUGUAUCUUUGUCUAGAUACUCAAUUCUUCUUUGGUAUAAAUAAAAGUAGUAAUAAUUAACAAAGAA